AUGUCCUUCUUCCGCAUCACCCUCCACCGAUCUGCUAUCGGUCUUCCCGAACGCACACGAGGUGUGCUCGCAGCGCUGGGUCUGCGCCGUCGAAUGCAGACCGUCUUCCACCCUGUGCAUCCCCAAUUCGCCGGUAUGAUCCUCAAGGUCAAGGAAUUGGUUCGAGUCGAGGAGGUGGACCGCGCGCUGAGCAAGAGAGAAGUCAAGUCUGCGCGGACGCCGGACGCCGGAUUUUACAUUGAGAAGGCUGUACCGAGAAUGUGA